UAAUAUUCAACAUUCUUAACUGCGACACUGCCUAUAUUCUUUGGUUUAGUCUCUUACCGGAAGCGUCUAUGUUUGUCUGUUUACAAGAGAUCGGUUUCGCUAAACGAAAGCUUUGCCGGUUUGGCCAACAGACAGCCUGAAUUAGUUAAUUUUUUCCAACAGUCUGAUAAUGGUUUUGGUCGGUUUGUCGAAUUUAUGAAACGCUUCCAUUAACAUGUCGCUUCGGAGGAGAUAGAGCUAAAGACGAGCGUAGCAAUGACGAGCUGGCUAACGUAGCGGCGAGGUUAGCCAGAAACGCAACUUAUAGCAUCUGCUAGCCGAAUUCACAGCUGUCGGCACAUCCAGUGUGGCGACUCUGGUCCGAAGAGGAGCGCGGUCAUGGGUGCGGAGAGCAGCACGGUGCGCGGCUACACUCUGCUGGGGGAGCCGCUUCAGACUCUGCCCUCCGGGCUCGCCAUGUACUCGGCGACUCUUCGGGAUGGAAAGCCUGCCUCCGUGUUUGUCCAUAAACGUGGCAACGAAGACAAAAUCAAUAAAGCUGCCAAGCAUCUGAAGACACUCCGGCACCCAUGUCUGCUGCGCUUCCUGUCCUGCUCGGUGCAGGACGGAGGCAUUCACUUGGUAACGGAGCGCGUACAACCCCUGGAGCUGUUACUGGACGCGCUCUCCCCGGAGGAAAUCUGCGCCGGCAUCUACGACCUUCUGCAGGCACUCGUGUUUCUGCACGAGAGGGGGAAGUCGAGCCAUAACAACGUCUGUAUUUCAUCUGUGUUUGUCAGUGAAGAUGGUCACUGGAAACUGGGAGGGAUGGAGACCGUCUGCAAGUUCUCUGAGGCGACGCCAGAGUUUCUCAAAAGCAUUUUCAAUGUAAGGGAGGCCAGCUGUGUUCCUCCAGAAGAACAGGUUGAGGGCUUUAAAAUUCUCCCGGACAAACAUGCUCACGCUCGGGACUGUUACUCUUUUGGAAUGAUGCUGGAGGCCCUCAUCCCUCUCCUGAAUGGUUACGUGUCGCAUGACUUGUCCGACAGCCUGAAAAAAACCCUCCAGGCUAGACUGCUGAAUUCCGAUUCCUUGGCUCGGCCCCUGCUGAGCUCCUUGCUGAGUCAUGAGUUUUUCAGGAAUGACUUUCUGGAAGUGAUGAAUUUUCUAAAGAGCCUCACUCUGAAGACAGAGGAGGAAAAAAAUGAAUUUUUCAAGUUUCUAUUGGACCGGGUUCAGAGCCUUCCUGAAGAGCUGACGGCUACACGUCUUGUCCCCAAACUCCUCAACUCUCUUGUUUUUGCUGAACCCAUGGCUGUCAAGAGUUUCCUGCCCCAUCUUCUUGGGCCAAAGAAGGAUCCCAGCCAUGGUGGCAGCAGUGAAGAUUGCCUGCUUCCUGUGUCCCUGUACCGGAAACACGUGAUUCCUCAGCUCCUCAAGCUCUACAAAGUGAAAGAAGAGCACGUCCGGAUUGUGCUUCUCGCUCACAUUCACAUCUACGGCCAGUUCUUCUCCCAAGACGAACUCAAAAACCAGAUCCUACCUCAGGUUUUGUUAGGCAUGAGAGACACCAAUGAUUCUCUGGUUGCCAUGACGCUGCAGAGCCUUGCAGCGUUGGUGCCCUUGCUGGGAGCUCAAGUGGUGGUAGGCGGUGAAAGAACCAAGGUGUUCAAACGCACCACACCCAACUUUACAAAGUCCACAGAGGUCAGCCCUGAAACUUCCCCGGUCCACAUCGUCGGAGCCUCCCAUCCUCAGAUAGCCCAGCCGUCCAAAGCGCCGAACCUGCUCCCCGGACCAUCGGAAUGCGAGGACACGGUCAUCAGCCACGCGGGUAAAUUAGCGGAAACUUUGGAGACCUCAAAAAACGUGGUGCCAACUUCAGGUGUCCGUAGACAGAUGUCUCUGUCCCUAAACGGCUUCCAUCAGGAAGGCGGGGUGCAGCCGCUGUCGCACGGCCCGGAUCGGACUGAGGGACGCGCGCUGGCCGCGGAGGACUGGCCCGACUGGAGCGACCCCGAAGAGGCCGAGGGCCGGGACGGACACCCGGUUCAGAUCCACAUUCAGGCCGCCAACGCCCGCCAGUCGGUCAGCAGCCAGCACGCGCGCCACAGCACAGAAGAGCCGUGGGACGACUUUGAGGAGACCGAACCUACCUCGGACCUGUCCCCCACCGCUCCCUUCUCAGAUCUGGUCGUUCUCACGCCGCCCAAGAAAAACGCUCUGGCCGCGUCUUCAAAACCGGCUCCGGCAGCAUUAAGACUGGAUUCCUCUAAACCCCUCAAACUGACCUCAGCUCCGCACCAGUCCACACAGAGAGGGAACACCUCCUUGUGGGACCACACCUGGGCUCAGGAGGAGGCAGACCCCCAGGAUUGGGACAGCCCUCCCAAUCCACAAACCAAAGCCGCAGUGCGACAGAAGACUGGUGGAACCAGAGCUCUGGGGGAAGAGUUUACCAUCAAAGUGAAAAAAAAGACUGAGCAGGACGUGGAGUUGGAUUUGUUUGCGGACAUGGUGCCCGACAUUAAGCUGUCCUCCUCCGCCCUGCUGCCACUAGAGGAGAGGAGCGGGCUUUCUGCAGCCUCUUCCCCCGAAACUCCGCAAAUGGACUCCUCCAUUCAAACGUUAGCGCUAACUGCCAAGUUUGCAGCAGCCAACCUCUCCGAGACGGAAACAGAUGGCUGGGGAGAUGGGGAUGACCUGAACUGGGAGGAUGAGAAUUCCUGGUGAAGGCAUCUGAUGCACAAACCCCAUCUGAAGAAAAACCCACUUAACCACUGGAGAAGCGAACCCCACGCACCACAUCUGGAGCAGUAAAGUGGAAGCAGCUUCUCAUUUAACACAACAUAGACGGAAUGGUAAUUACAAAGAGAGGCUGUUAAUCUUUAGAGCGAGCUGUGAGCGGGAUGAACCGACUGCCCGUCCGAUUGGUGCUGAACAUGGACAAUAGAAACUAUUUCUAAUCAUCUGCCAAUUGACAGCAAUCACCUCAAGAUAAUUUAGAUCUUAAACAGAGGUGAAUGCUGUUUUCUUUCGCUCUUAACGUUUUAUUUUUUAAUUUGCCAAUUACAUGUUUGGAUGUUUGGCUUUAAACUCAAGACCAAUCCCUGGUAGGACAUAUUUCUAUAAUGAGUAAGGUUUGAUUAACUGAAAGCUUGCACUAUGAAUGAAUGUGAAACAGAAGGGAUUUAAUUUGAGUUUUCUGGUUGCUGGUGAAAUAAACAUUUUACUGAAUAAAA